AUGGCACAAGCAGGCCCUAAUGGACUAUUUGUGAUUGUGGAACUCAACUAUCAAGGGGUAUUUACUCAUGAGUGGUUUGAUGAUGAUGACAAUCCAAAUGAUGAACAUGAGUCUUGUAUUGAUGGUGAAAAUAAAGAUAACAUAAAUGACCUUAGGAAUAUGGAUGUGGAAUUUAAUAAGGAUGCAAUGAUUAUGAAUAUGACAUCAAAUGAUCCUUUCUUGAGUAAGUUGUGUGUUGAUGAGGAUGAGGAUAAAAACAUUGUAGAUGAUGAUGGGAGAUAA